UCUGUUUCUUAAAAUUAUGUUCGAUUAAUCUCUUUUCUUUCGAUGCGACACAUUGAUAUGAUCAAAUGUUAUUCUUUCAACUGAACAAAGUAAAAUUUAGUUCCCUAAUUGAUAAUGAAGAAGGAUUAUGAUGUUCUUUAAACGGUUAAGCUGUAAAUGAUUAGACUGAGUUAAUCUGGAAAUGAAAGAAUAGAAAAACGCCAGACAGUUCAGCAGGUUGAAAAGUUAAAUUUUUUGUUUGAGAGCCUAUGAAUAGGUUCAAGGUAACACAAUUGCUAUUACGUAUAAAAUUAUGAAAGAAACUUUGUUAGUCGUUUUAAUAAUUUGCUUGAAAAUCAUAAAUCUAAAAAUAAUAUUCAUAUUACACCAGAGAGAUACAUGGAAAUAAUUAAUAGAUUAAAGUUUUAAAACAAUUUACUUAAUAAUUCAGCAGAACGAAAAGAAACAUCUGAUUAUAAAUUAUUACAGAAAUUUGAAUUAUUAAUAAUCGGUACUGACGAACGCCUCAUUAAGCGUCUUCCGAAUUCACAAGACAAUAUACUUUAUAUUGUUAAUACCUCGAAAAUGUUCGACAUAAUUGAUGAAGCACAUGAACGAAUAGGACAUGGUGGUAGAGAUCGUACGUUAAAAGAAAUAAAAUCGAAAUAUUUUAAUAUUACUGAAGAAUGUGUUGACCUCAUUGAUUACCAAUCCAGGCCAGACGGCAGUUUUCGUUUUGUAAUGAACUAUCAAGAUCAUUUUUCAAAAUUUAUUAUAUUGCGCCCAUUAACAUCGAAAAGAGCUGCAGAAGUUGCGGUUCAUUCAGUUGAAAUGUUUUGUAUGUACGGUGCACCAUGCAUAUUGCAGUCGGAUAAUGGUCGUGAAUUUGUUAAUGAAAUUGUUGAAGAAGUAAAAGAAUUAUGGCCAGGUUUGAAAAUAUGUCAUGGAAGACCUCGGCAUCCACAAAGUCAAGGGAGCGUGGAAAAAGCAAACGAUGAUGUCGAACGGAAACUGGCAAUUUGGAUGAAACAAAAUAAAACAAGUAAAUGGUCAGCUGGGUUGCCGUUUGUAAUGCACCAGAAAAAUACCAGUCAUCACAGCGGUAUUAAUACAACCGUAAUGUUUGGCUGUGCACCAAAACUUGGCCUUUCAUCUCUCCCUUUACCAUCAGCAACAAUUGAUCGAUUGACAAAAGAAGAAGAGUUGCUUGCUUUAAUUGGGCAAUAUGGUAUUAAUCCAAGCGGUGAUACUGAUUCAAGUAGUGAUAUUGAAUUAUCUGAUGGCAACAGUGCUUCGAAUACUGAUAAAACUGUGCCCAGCGUUAAUAAUGGUACCGAUGAUGAUAUGGAAGUUGAAAAUAAUAAUAAUGAUGAGCAUGAUAGUAUUUGCCAUGUAUGUACGUGCCGUAUUAUCAAUAUGUCAGAAGCUUUUUUUUGCAAAGAUUGUACGCAACUAGUGCAUCUAGCAUGCACAAACGGUUUAUCAUGUGAACGUUGUUAUUUGGAUUACCAAAGAAACGAAAAUAGAAAUAUAGCUAAUACUGGUCAAGAAAAGCAAGCUAAAAGAAUGACCGCACGAGCUGAAACUCUGUCACCAUUACAUAUAGGUGAUAAUGUGCGCAUGAAAAUACCAUCAGUUGAUAGAUCUCGUGUCGAUCCUUUGACAAUAUUAGGUGUGGUCGUCAAUGUAGAUCAUAAUGGUUUACACACUAUUGGUUGUCGUGGUGGUACUAUUAACACAAAAUAUAAUCGAAAAGAUCUUGAACAUUGUGAAACCAUUUUAAAACCAACUGCAGUAGAUAGUACGUCAUUACCACGUCAUUCAAUUGUAGCUAAUGAAUCAUUAGUUGGUGGUCAAGGACUUUUUCAUUGUGACUGCCGUCCCGCUCUAGUCAUAUUUAUCAUAUUGAAAUUACAUCCGUAUCUAUCCAAAAAGCUUCACGAUUUAAAUCUAUCCCGCUCUCGUCUCCCCGUCAUUCCUCAACCGUUUCAAACAUCUCGUCUAUCUCCGGCCGGCUGUAUAUUCACCUUCUCCUCUUCGUACGAUCCAAAAUCUCCUUUCUCUAAUGAAUUGAAAUUAUUUCACAACUGGCUACGACAAGAUUUUUCCUAUUUUUCAAAUUUUGGAGAAACAUUUACGACUGACCAUGGUCAGAUUGAAUUGAUUUUAGAGGACGAAAAAGGAGAAGAAGAAGGUUAUCGGCUAAACGUGAAUGAAAAACGAAUUGAAAUUAGAAGUAGAACGAAAGGAGGGAUUUUUUAUGGACUGCAAACAGUGAGACAAUUGAUUACAAUUAAGCAAAGGCCUGGUCACCACGUUCCUCAGUUAACUGUUCCCUGUAUUCAAAUAAUAGAUCGUCCCCGUUUUGUCUGGCGUUCCUUUAUGUUAGAUUCUGCACGUCAUUUUCGUAAUAUUUCCACCAUUAAACAACUGCUCGAUGAAAUGGCCGCAUUAAAAAUGAAUCGAUUUCAUUGGCAUUUAACAGAUGAUCAGGGUUGGAGGAUUGAAAUUAAAAAGUAUCCUAAACUCACAGAAAUUGGUUCACGUCGAUCCAGGGCACAAAUCGGUGGUUUUAAUUCAUCCGACUAUGUUUAUCAGAAUCAUUCGGGUUUCUAUUCACAGAUAGAAAUUCGAGAUUUGAUCCAGUAUGCCAAAGAUCGAUAUAUCACGAUUGUACCGGAAAUUGAAAUGCCCGGACAUGCUAGUGCAGCCAUUGCGGCCUAUCCCUGGCUUGGAUGUACGAAACAGAAAAACAUUGAAGUCCCCGGUCAUUGUGGUGUACAUUACUCGGUCUUCGAUGUUUCGUCACCUCGCGUCAUUGAUUUCAUCCAUGAUAUUCUUUCGGAAGUCAUGUCACUCUUCUCCUCAUCAAAUGUCAUUCACAUAGGUGGUGAUGAAGUUAAAUAUGAUCAAUGGAAAUCGUCUCCCAACAUCCUCAAAUUCAUGUCGCUUCAUCAGCUAAAAACACCAUCGGAUCUACAAGUUUGGUUUACCAAUAAAAUUUCAAAUUUUAUCUCAAGUGGCACGAAUAAACGAAUGAUGGGUUGGAAUGAAAUUAUGGGCGGAUCAAAAUUGCACAACUAUACGGAUACAGAGGAUGUCAAGACGAAGGAAGAAUUAGCUAAAAAUACAAUUGUACAAUUUUGGAAAGUAAGUCGAGAAUUGAGCUUGUUUCAGUCAAUGAUAAAUGUCAACUUUAAUGGUUUGUUUUUAACCUCGAAUAAAUUACAGAAAAGUGUCCAAUGAGAUUUGAGCUGUCUUGAAUGUCUGUGCUUGUGAGUAUUACAAGAAAAGCAAAAUAAAUGCUAUAUACUUGGAGAAGUUGAACUUACAGACUUAGGUUGAAGGCCUGGGUGUAGUAAAAUGAUACUACUAGCAUAUCAAAAUAAGCUCUAACCUUCAAACUAUCCUGAGCCAUACUCCAAAAAAGAUCGGUUUUUCGAAUUUGUGUAAAAAAGCCCUCAGAAAGUUUCAAACAACGAAAUAACUGAAUGGAAUAUAAGGAUAUAAGCUUUUUGAAAACUAGGUUAACAGUUCUGAUUUUCUGCAAAAUCCUGUAGAACGAAUUUUUAAUAUAGCAUUUGAAGAGUCUGUGAAACUCUGAAUUAUUUUGAGUUUUCCAAGAUCAUUACUCAAAAAGGUUAUCAGAAAUAUCUGAAACGUGUUUUCGAGAAAGUGAGGGAAAGAUAUCAGAACUGAUUAGUUUUAUCCUCACUUUGUGGAGCUCGGUGACCGGAGUAUAACCUGAAAAUAUGAGACCUCAAUCCCUUAUAUUUCCUAGUUAUGCAUGCUGGUAAGUUCACAUAGUUCCUAGUGCGUCAAAAUCAUUUUUGUCUCAAUUUUUUUUAAACAAAAGAAUGUUCUGAGAAACGAAUAUGCAGAAAAAAUGUAUUCUGAAUAUGAAAAUAAAAGACAAUUUGAUUUUUUAUUUGAUAUCGGAUCCGACGAAAUCACAUAAAAACUAAAGUAGUAUGUCGAGGUUUAAAUGAAGGGCAAAGUAAAUUUUUCAAAAAACUCGAGUUUUAUGUCGAUGUAGACUCGACUACAAUUGUUUCUUGGAAAUAUCUAGUCGAGUAAAUGCAGAUAAGAGAAAUUGAGUAUGAGAAAUUUUUUGUUGUGGAGAUUUAUUUGAAAGUCAAAGACGUAUUCGUGCUCUCUGUCGAAUGAGGGGCGAAAUAAGUUGCUGAGACACGAGUAAAUUUUGAUAUCCAGAUGAUCCGGCCGGCAUAGAUCGAUAUAAAUCAAUAAAACCGAAGUCUGGCGGAAGACUGUGUGUCUCCGCGUUCGAUUUAGGCUUUGAUGACAACAGCGAAUAUAACAUUAGUUUCCAUUGCAAACGUUUGAUGAUCGAGGAAAAAAACACAACGGGAACCGUGUUGGAUCUUAAUGACAUCAAAAAAAUUUUCUCGGCUUAGAUAACUAGACUAUACGAAACAUCUUCAUCAAGUGAUUGUAAUUGAAUAUGAAGUUUGUUCAAAUAAAAGUUUUGGAAAUCUGCCAUUGGUUACAGGGGUGGCAUACUGAUCAAUUAAGUAGUAUUGAGUAAUUAAGCUUUUCUUUAACUCAAUUAGCGGUCAUCGUCCGUCAGUAUUUUUAACAUAAUACUGGUACUGAUGCAUACUUAGUCUGAAUUUUGAAUUGACUAUUGCAGAAAGUCUCGUUAGAAUCUUUUUGUAUAGUAGAUUCGGAAAAUCGACAUACAUUUGAGUAUAUCGAAAAAUAAAAAUUGUAUUUCUAUGGUUUUAAGACCUUUUUCACCGAUAAAAUUCACAAUUUAACCUUGAUUCCUGUUUUGAAGAUCUUAAAUGAAAGUUGAUUUUGUUUGACUCGAGAUAAUACUCUCACCCAUAUUGUAUGUGCUUUGUUUUAGGGUGAUUUAGGCCUCUUAAUUAGAACUGUUUUACGUGGCUAUUCGGUCGUCAAUAGGAGUGGCACUUUACCUUUACUUUACUAGUAACUAGUAACGAGAUUAGUUACUCGUUACUAGUAACCAAGUAACUAAAUUAGUCAGUUACUAGUUACUAGUAACAAGUAACUAAUCUAGUUACUUCGUUACUCUCCUGAAGGUAACGGAGUAACGAAAAUGUUUUUUAAGGGA